AUGUUAAGAGUCAAACAUUAUUUUAGUUUUCAACUAAGGAACAUUCAAAAAAAAUUAACUUCCAAUUAUAUUGUAGAUAAUAUAUUUUCCGUACAGCUUGAAGUCAACGACGCCAAAAUGACUUCCGCUGAAGAAGAAUAUGACGAAAAUGUUCGUCAAAGAGUCCGCCAGAAGAUGGCUAAGCAUUUUUAUACAUCUUUGACCAGUGAUAGUUUUGAUCCCGAGCUACUCGAAAAGAUAGAGAAAGAUCCUGACUUCAACAAGUAUUACAAAAUACCUGAUACAAAGCCAGAGAAACCCUGGAGUUUAUCCAACAUCUGCUGGCUCCUUGCAGCUGUUGGGAUGUUUUACUGGACUGACUUUGCUAACACAGUCUUAUAUCAUCCUGGGAUCAACAGGUUCUGGUUUAACAUUGGUGUUGUCUGUAUCAGUGUGAAUGUGACCAUCGCGUCCUUCCUCAUAGUAUGGCUCACUUGGUUCAAGAAGAUCAGCACAGAUGACUGGGACAAGCUCUAUCCUGCUGCCAUACCCAUUGCCACUGCCAGCUUUCUUAUUGGAUCGAUUCUUGUGAAUGUUGGUCUGUGGCCCCUCUACCGAGUGUUUACUCCUGUGAUUCUCUUCGUCCUGUUCAUGGGUGUGGUAGUUGUCAUCGCGAUGGUGCCGCCAUUUUCAUCAACAUGUACGUCACAGAGAAAACCCGCCAUCUCUACUGAUCCGGCUGCAAUGGAAAAGAAGGCCACAUGAAUGAUUUUGCAAUUCUGAGGAGUUAUUUCGGAGUCUGUCUGACUGUUCGUGGAAUACACACUUUGAUGUGGCAGAGCCUGAACUUUCACUUCAAGUGUCAUCAUUUGAUUCCUUGGAGAUAGACUGUCACUAGUCUUCAGUGUAAAUAUUCCAGAAGGAAAUGCCUGCCAAAAUCUUUAUAUAUUUUGAACAAAACGGCUGGUGGGUGUUUUUGUGUGUUACUGUUUGGUUGGUCAGAAUACACUGGGUAAGAUACAUGUACGUGCAAUAAAUAUGUUGUAUUCAAAUGA